ACAGCUUCCAGCAUUUCUCUGUGAAGAAAGGCGAGCGCGGCCAUAAAAAAGAAGAAUCAUGGUGAAAGCUAAGUCAUGGGUAAUGACUCAGCACUUUGACGGCUUCCCAAAGAAAAGCGACUUUGGGCUGAAGGUGGAGGAGCUCCCUGAGCCCAAAGAUGGAGAGGUGCUGUUGGAAGCUGUGUUUCUCAGUGUCGACCCGUACAUGAGGUCGUUCAGCAAAACCCACAUGAAGGAGGGAGAUGUGAUGAUCGGAGGUCAGGUGGCCAAAGUGAUCCAGAGUAAAAAUCCAGCGUUUCCUGUGGGAAGCCACGUUGUGAGUGACAGUGGGUGGAGAACCCACACACUCAGUGAUGGGACCGGCCUCACUCCCAUCCUGUCUGAGUGGCCUAAAGAUGUGUCCCUGUCUCUGGCUCUGGGUGCCAUCGGGAUGCCCGGACUGACGGCUGUUUAUGGGAUAGAAGACGUGUUGGGUCUAAAGGAGGGUGAGACCCUGCUGGUGAACGCUGCAGCUGGAGCGGUGGGCUCCGUGGUGGGACAGAUCGCCAAGAUCAAGGGCUGUAAGGUGGUGGGCUCGGCAGGCUCUGAUGCCAAAGUGGCUUACCUCAAAGAGCUGGGAUUUGAUGAGGUCUUCAACUACAAAACUGUGGGUUCCCUGGAGGAGGCUCUGAGGAAGGCUUCACCUGAAGGAUACGAUUGCUUCUUUGAGAACGUGGGAGGCCCUUCAUCAGAUGUCGUCCUGCAGCAAAUGAAGAAAUUUGGAAGAAUAGCUGUGUGUGGAAGCAUCUCCACCUACAAUGACAGUGAACCCCAGACAGGUCCGUAUCCCUACUUCACCAUGAUCUUUAAGGAGCUGAAGAUGGAGGGAUUUUUGCAAAGUAGGUGGGAGCACAAGCACCCUGAGACCCUCAAGAGACUGUUAGCGUGGGUGAAAGAGGGCAAACUGCAGUGUCGGGAGCACGUCACAAAAGGCUUUGAUAACAUGCCGGCUGCUUUUAUGGGGAUGCUGCAGGGAGAAAACACCGGCAAGGCCGUCGUCGCAGUCUGAAGAGUUCAAUGCAAGAGAGCCAGCAUUACUAAUAACUGCCAUUAUUACACAAUCUAUCAAUUAAUGAAGCAAUAAACAUAGAACAAAAUAAUUUCACAUUAACAUUUCAGCUCUUUGAGUAGUUUUGUAAUCACAGAGUUUUGCCUGUGAUUGAUAGUUGUGUCUUUUGUCAUGUUGACAACUUGACAUCUGACAACAUCAGCAUCAGUUUGCUUAAGUUGUACGUUUUGGUGACUUACUUAACAACACGACCACCAAUAAAUAAAAGAAGAGAUGAUAAUUCCAGACUCAGGGUUCUUAUCCUGUCAUUUCAGCGAGUAUCUGUGUGUGCAGUGCAGAUCUGUUCUGCUGUAUUAAUGCCCUGUUCACAGUGACAUGAUCAAAGUUCUUUGUAUGCACAGGGAGCGAAUAAUAAAACAUUUUAAUUUCGAUUGAAUCAA